UUCGUCUCUCCACCAUUCUUUGCAACCCCCUUCGAAAAGAUGGUACAAGACUAAGAUUCGAGACCGUCCAGAGGGAUCGAACCAGAUAGAGCCACCGCCACCAUGAACAAUGACACAAGACAUUCGUCCGGUCUGAAGACGGUGAGCCAGACCUUAUCAUCCCCUAAGCAUUCAAGCAAGGUUGCUGAUAUUGGUACCGAGCUUUCCAGGAUGAGAGCUUCGUUGGAUACCAAAGAGACCGAAACCAAAUCUCUGAUCGACGAUUUGUCUGAGAAAAACGUUAGGCUUCGAGAGCUUGAAGCGGAGUUGGAUAAAAGGCGAUUGUCUGAAAGAAAACUGCUCGAUUCGCUCCACGCAACGAAGAUUCUGGUCGACGAAUCGAAGACCGAGAUCGCCUCUCUCAAGGAGAGGCUCGACGGGUCAGAUCACAGCCAAGAAUCCAGCGAAGACGACAGUUCUGUUCAGGAAAACGAGGCUGAGUCUCUGAGGACGGAGCUUGAAGCUUCUUCCUUGAAGCUGUCAGGUUUAGUACAAGAGAUGGGUUCGGUCAAAAACGAGCUGAAAUUGGCGACAGAGGCGGAGGUAACGAGCAAGAAAGCCAUGGAUGAUUUGGCCAUGGCCUUGACGGAAGUAGCCACAGACUGCAACCAAGCUAAGGAGAAGCUUGCGAUUGCAGAGAUGCAGCUCGAGGCGGAGAGGCUAGAAUCGAAUAAAUGGAAGGCGAAGCUUGAGGCUACGGAAGAAAACUACUACACCCUUUUGCAGGAAGCGAGAAAGGAGGCUGAGGUUCAUAAGAACACGACCGAGCGGCUGAGGAUCGAGGCCGAGGAGUCGCUCCUGGCAUGGAACGGGACAGAGGCCGUGUUCGUGAGCUGUAUCAAGAAAGGGGAAGACGAGAAGAAUUCCCUCAUCGACGAGAACAACAGACUGAUUCAGGCUCUGAUGAACGCCGAGAAUCUGAGCAGGAAGGCCAAAGACGAGAAUCAUAAGCUGAGGGAUAUAUUGAAGCAGGCGAUCAACGAGGCUAACGUCGCGAAAGAAGCAGCCGGGAUCGCCAGAGCCGAGAACUCGCAGCUGAAAGAUGCGUUGAUGGAAAAGGACGAGGAGCUUCAGUUCUCCUUGCAGGAAGUUGAGCGAUUGAAGCUCAGAGAAGCCAUGACUAAUGAAAAUGUAAAGAAUCUGACAAGACUCCUGUCUGAAGCAGAGUUGGCAAAGGAGUUAAUGGCAGAAGAGAAGGACAGAUACAAGGUUAUGAGCCGUCAGAAUUCGUCGGGAAAGGAGAACAGCCCUAAAAACCCAAUGCAGAAGGAUCAAGAAUUGGAGAAGAGGAUGGAAGAGAGAGAGAAACUGAAUGAGAAGAGAGAAGACAAGAAGGAGAAUCACAAGGACAAGAAGGAGCAUCACAAGGACAAGAAGGAGAACCAUAAGGAGAAGAAAGAAGACAAGAGAAUGGGGAAGACGUGCAGUUUCAGUCUGAGAGACCUAAAGCUCACACACUCACACAACAGUCACAAGCAUAAAGACACAACAGAGGAAGAAGCAACAAAAACUGCAACAAACAAUAACAACAACAACAGACAAGAUCAAGAUGGAAUGGAGGAGGUGGAGAUGGAGAGCGAGGCCAAUUCUCCAGAUGGGUCAGAUCCCGAUCUCUUCAAAGGCUCCAUCUUUGAUGUGGCCGAGACACCAAAUGCAGAGACAACCCAUCAUCACAGGAGAAGAUCAUCCUCAACGUUCUUGGAAGAUGGUAUGAAUUCGGAUGAUUUAGAGAAUUUGGAGGGAACCCACUUCGAGGAAGGCGAAAACGAAAAGGGUGGAAGAAAGAAGAAGGCGUUCAUACGGAGAUUUGGGGAUCUUCUCGUCAGGAGAAAGAGCUUUCAACAAAAGAAAGAAACGUCGUCGUCUGAUCAGCAAGAGAAACAGCAGCUGCAGCAGCCGCCAUUGACUCCGCCGCCAACCCCGCCUCAGCUUCCGUCCCCAGAGCACUGAAAAUGUUCAUAAUGUAAGAGCUUUGAAAUUUAAUUUUUUUUGGUUAUAUUUAGUUUUUAUUUUUGCAAAUUUCAAUACUACCCCUUGUUGAAUCUUGCUUUACAGGGUUUUUGUAUAUAUAUGAAUCCAAUUCAUGAAUUCAUUUUUU